AGAAAAAGCGAUCGUAGAGCAGCACAGCUUCGGAGAGAGAGAGAUCCGGAGUGCAGAAGAGAACAUAGGCGCAGGAUCCUGCAGCGAGUAGACGGAUCAUGGCAGUAACUACCUGUACACGUUUCACAGAUGAAUAUCAACUAUACGAAGAACUUGGAAAGGGAGCCUUUUCUGUGGUGCGCCGUUGUGUCAAACUCUGCACUGGCCAGGAGUAUGCUGCCAAAAUCAUCAACACUAAAAAGCUCUCAGCUAGAGACCACCAGAAGCUGGAGCGAGAAGCUCGGAUCUGCAGACUGCUCAAGCACUCCAACAUCGUUCGCCUCCAUGACAGUAUCUCGGAGGAGGGCUUCCACUAUCUCCUGUUUGACUUGGUGACAGGAGGAGAACUGUUUGAAGAUAUUGUGGCCAGAGAGUACUACAGUGAAGCUGAUGCCAGUCAUUGCAUCCAGCAGAUUCUGGAGGCCGUGCUCCACUGCCAUCAGAUGGGGGUGGUACACAGAGACCUCAAGCCGGAAAAUCUUCUUCUAGCCAGUAAGUGUAAGAAUGCCGCAGUGAAGCUUGCUGACUUUGGACUGGCCAUCGAGGUACAAGGGGAACAGCAGGCAUGGUUCGGUUUUGCCGGGACUCCAGGCUAUUUGUCUCCGGAAGUGCUGAGGAAGGAGGCGUACGGGAAACCUGUGGACAUUUGGGCCUGUGGUGUGAUCCUGUAUAUUCUCCUGGUGGGCUACCCGCCUUUCUGGGAUGAAGACCAACACAAACUCUACCAGCAGAUUAAAGCAGGAGCCUAUGAUUUUCCGUCCCCAGAGUGGGACACGGUGACGCCCGAAGCCAAGAACUUGAUCAACCAGAUGCUGACCAUCAACCCCACAAAGAGGAUCACUGCCCAGGAAGCCCUCAAACACCCAUGGGUCUGCCAACGCUCCACUGUGGCCUCGAUGAUGCACAGACAGGAGACAGUGGAGUGCCUGAAGAAGUUCAAUGCCAGGAGAAAACUCAAGGGGGCCAUUCUGACUACGAUGCUGGUGUCACGGAAUUUCUCUGUGGGUAGACAGACCACCGCUCCAGCAGCGGUCAGUGCCGUGGCUGGGACCACUGCCGGCAUAGUGGAGCAAGCCAAGAGUCUCCUCAACAAGAAGGCUGAAGUGAAGCCCCAGACAAACAGUACGAGAAACAGCAUAGUCACCAGCCCCAAAGGCAGCACUACUCCUGCUGCACUGGAACCUCAGACCACUGUUAUCCAUAAUCCAGUGGAUGGGACCAAGGAAUCAACUGACAGUAACACAACCAUCGAGGAUGAGGAUGUAAAAGCUCGCAAGCAGGAAAUCAUCAAGAUCACAGAGCAACUCAUUGAAGCCGUAAACAAUGGGGACUUCGAUGCCUAUGCGAAGAUAUGUGAUCCGGGUCUGACCUCAUUUGAGCCAGAAGGUCUGGGAAACCUAGUGGAGGGCAUGGACUUUCACAGAUUCUACUUUGACAAUCUGCUCUCCAAGAACAGCAAGCCCAUCCACACCACCAUCCUGAACCCUCACGUCCACCUGAUCGGCGAAGAUGCCGCGUGCAUCGCUUACAUUCGCCUCACGCAAUUUGUCGACUUGCAGGGACGCCCUCGCUCCAGCCAAUCCGAGGAGACCAGGGUGUGGCAUCGCCGGGAAAGCAGGUGGCAGAACGUCCACUUCCACUGCUCAGGGGCGCCUGCGGCUCCUCUACAGGGAUGAGCCCUCGGUCACCUCUGUUGACACAGCCUGUGGCACCAACACAACCCUUUCUACUCCUGCAUCGGCACGCACACAACAACAAAGAGCAUAUCAGUCACAAAGCUAACCUCUACAGCUUCUCUAAGCACCCCUAUGGUAUUGUGGUGAGCUCAGCACUACUAUCCAGCCCUAUAACUCGCUGCCCUCUCCUUCCCUAUGCCAUAGGGCUCUGCCACUCACACUUCUAGGAUUUCGUUUUCAUUCAGUGUACUGUUAUUAUGAUUAUGAUUAUACUACUAUGACUGCAGAGUUCUCUUGUUCAAUUUGAAUUGUACAGUAUACUUAAUGGUCGAUUUAAAACUCUUGAUGAUUCUUUUUUUUUUUUUAGCUUAGCAUGACUUUGUUAGUGUUAUUAUCAGUGGUUGUGUUUGGUGCAUGAGCAAGACUGCCUGUAAUAUCAACUUAGCCAAUAUGUCUCACAGAGAAUGCUGUGGACGUGUUUUAUUCAAUUAACAAUGCUAUUUUGUUGGUCUUUCAUUAAGUUUCAAAUCCCCCUUUUAGUUUAGUUGAACCUACAGUAAAUGUUUUUGUUCACCUUUGGAUCAAUUCUGUAAGAAUCUCCUCUGUUUGGGUUGAACACCAUGCAGCAUGCUAAAUGUAUACUGGUUCUUACUUGAUACUUUAAUGUAUAUUUAACCUUUCAAGUAAUCGCUCAAGUCACGAAAAUGACAAAAAGUUUAAAACAAUAACUAUAUCUGUAUUGUACUACUCCAGUUAUAUUGUGAUGACUUUACAAAAGUGUAAGUGAUUAUUUUUUCUGCAUGAUAUUUCAAUAUGCCGCAAAAUUGUGUGUUUUGUGUGUAAAGGUAAUUUUCUACUGAAUGCUGGUUGAUUAUAAACUACUGUCUAUUUUCUGAGCUCUCAAAGGGCAUAAACAAUUUUUGUCUUGAGAGUUAGAUAUCUGAGACGACGACGAAGAAAUAUUAUGAUGAUUGUAGCAUGCCUUUGUACAAGUCACGCAGAGUGGAUUGGUCAUUGGCAUUGUCAAGUAGAAAAUGCUCCAUACAGCGUUUGAGUGUCCUGUUCAGGUUUUCGGGUUCAGGCACUAAUACAGAUACAUUUAACAACUUACCUGCUUGUUAAGACAUGCAUCACGUAUGUUGUCCUCUCUCUUUAUCACAGAAAUGAGAUUUGGUCAGCUGUUGGUAUACCCCUUCAUUGCAGACGAUUGGUGUUUCGAAUUUAUCUUUUGAAUUUAAACAUGUCAUUUCCAUGGCAAUGUAUGUACACACUGCAAACAUGCUCGCAAGCACACACACACACUUAUACUUCUCUACGGUUACAUGGAAGCAGAUAUUGGGUUGAACAUUAACAAACAUGGGUAUCGAGGGCGAGUCUGCCUUGGAUUGAUAAGACAAGAGAGAACAAAAGAGAGAUAACGGCAGGAAGAUGCAGAGUGAGAAUGAGACAGAGUGAGACGUACGUGUUUGGAAACAGUGAUGAAUAUUUAGGGUAUGCAUGCAUUGUCUUUCUAGCCAUGAGGACUGUACUUCAUAAUAUCGUUCAUAAACGACAACGGCAGUUAAACCCAAGAGGCUAACGUCAUUGAUGAUGCCCAUCUAUGCCCUGUCAUAGAUGUGUGUGUUUUCGUAUGUCUUUUCUUUAUCAUUCUCGCCUCCUGUUGUCAUUGUACUCCCUCGUUCCUAUAGCGCUAAUCCUUGUGUUUUUAUGGGAUGGUAAUGGAAGUACACACAUAUUUCAUUAACCGCUCACCCAAGGUCAUACGUAAUGGUUUCUAAUCUGAGUACAGGGCAUAUAAUAUUCUGACCCGGGCUAGAUCUGAGGUUUGGCAUGACCUCCACCUUAAGUGCUUUAAAUGGGCCUCAUCAUUCUCAUUUGGCACAGUGUUGGAUGAAAAGGAGAAAACAAUUUGUAACUGAAAAAAAUGAGAAUGCAAUGUGAAUCCAAUUCUUGCUCUUUAUCUCUUGAGUCCUCUCAUAAUAAAGCUGUUCUUCCAAUGUUAAUUCCUUGUGCUCGACAAUAAUAAAAUAUGUUCAGAUGUUAUCAGUGUGUGACCAAUAAAAAUACAUUUCAAUGCAGAGCCCUCCCUAACCUUAUCGUUCUCUCGCCCAGACAACUUGCCUGUGCACACACACAGAAUGAAAGAAGACUCAGGCAGACUUGCAGAGAAAUCCAAAAAUAUG